GCUCAGGAGAAGGUCAGCUGAUCAUUUACUCGUCCGUGUGGGAGCAGCUGCCUGUCACUUUCUAUCUGCCGCGUACGGAGUUUAGGCUUAUUACCGCGGUUCCCCCAAAACAUAAAGAUGGCAGACACAAACCAACAAGCUUCCCCUCCUCCCUCACUUGGACCUGUGCAAUUUCUAUUAAGUAACAAGUUGGAAACUGCAAUGUGGUUGUCCAGACUCUUCACAAUCUAUUGUUCAGUAAUGUUUAUACUUCCUAUUUUGGGCCCCUAUGCAGCUGCAAAUUUCUACCAGAGAGCUUUGCUAGCAAAUGCCCUCACCAGUGCCCUGCGUUUGCACCAAAGGCUUCCUCGCUUCCAGUUGAGUCGGGCAUUCUUGGCACAGGCUCUGCAAGAGGACAGCUGCCAUUAUCUACUCUAUUCACUCAUUUUGGUCAACUCUUACCCCAUCACAAUGAGCAUAUUUCCAGUCUUUCUAUUUUCAUUGCUUCAUGCAACAACCUACACAAAGAAAGUUCUGGAUUCCAUGGGACCCAAUAGUCUGAUGUUUGUCAGGAAUCUUCUUGAUAAACUGACCGCAAACCAACAAAACAUCUUGAAGUUCAUUGCCUGCAAUGAGAUCUUUCUUAUGCCUGCUACUGUUUUCAUGCUUUUCAGUGGCCAAGGAAGUUUACUGCUGCCUUUCAUUUACUACCGAUUCCUCACUCUCCGCUACACAUCCCGAAGAAACCCUUACUGCCGCACCUUGUUCACGGAGUUGCGGAUCCUCCUGGAGCACUUUGCCAUGAAGCCUGCCUGCCCUGUCUUCUUCAGACGCAUGUGCCUCAGCAGUAUCGCCUUCAUCAGCCGUUUAGCACCCACAGGGGUCUAAGCUCCUCCCAUCACUUCUUUAGUUCCAACAGGACUCUACUACUAUGGAAGCCAACAGUGUACUCCAAAGAGAAGGAACUGUUUCUGAAUGUCAACUUUGUACUUCAGCUGUACAGAAUAGUCCAGGUCAAGACCAGCCAGUUAUGCACUGAGUUCCUAUGUUUUGCCCAUUGUUCUUUUUGUGACCUGGUCCAAGAAGUGAACAUCCUUCUGUCUGUUCAUGGAUGAGAUGAAGUUUUGUAUGUUCGCAGUUGUUUUCCAUGUUAUUAUUUAUUCAUAAUGUCUUAUCAUUUAGAAGAUGACCUACUUAAAAUAAUAACUUUAACAUUUAUACAUAUUUUUUUUAAUCACAGGAUGCUUGAAUUGAUGAAGAGUAGAUUUAUGUGGAGUUCUAUCUAGUCUGUUUUUUUUUUUUAUUUCUGAUUUUCCACAUUGCCUACCCUGAUCUUGUUUUCUAUCAAUGCCAUUAAUGUGUUAUGUAAAAUUUGUUAAAUUUAGAGAAGGUCUGCUGUAUUUUAUAGAAUAUUUUAACGUAACAUAUUUUGCUGUAGAAUACAUUUUCAGAUGUUACUGCACAAUGCAUGUCAACAUGCAAUAAUCCUUAACACACUGCUUCUCAGUGCAUUCAAAACAUGUGCCCAGUUAAAAAAAAUCCCCUUCUGCUGUUGUAGUUUCCUGGCAUAUUGCAUGCUUAAAUUUUGCCAUGUUAAUUAUUUGCCUAUUGUCAAUCCUAGUUUAAUGAUAAGACAAAACUUAAACCUCGAUUGAACUAAUAAAAUAUUAAAAC